AUGCUGUUAAAUAAAUACUCUGAAAAUAUAUGCAAAGAGGCAGAAAAGGAAGAUGACAAAUCAGAUACAUCAAGUUCUCAACAACAAAAAAGCCCUCAAGGUUUGAGUGACACAGGAUAUUCUUCUGAUGGAAUAUCAGGUUCCCUUGGUGAAAUUCCAAGUCUUAUCCCAGGUGAUGAAAAGGAUUUGCCAAAGGAACUCAAAAAAGAUUCUCAUUCUCAAGAAAGUAGUCCUACAAGUCCUUCAGAUCUAGCAAAGUUGGAAAGUACUGUUCUGUCUAUUUUGGAAGCUCAAGCAAAUUCACUUGUUGAAGAAAAAUCAGAAAAGAAAAAAGAAUUAUAUGGUGGACUUCCUGAGCAGCCCAGAGAUCAACAGAAAACCAAGGAUUUUCCUGUCACACUGGAAUCUUAUAGUUCAGAAGAAGAAGACCUCAAGGAAGUCCAAGAAGAAGAGAAAGAUAUCCUUGUAAGAGGUGAUCAAGAAAAUGUCCCUUCCAUAAAGGGUCUCAGAGAAAAAACUGACUUUGUAGAUGAUGUGACAGCUAGAAGGCAGCGUUAUGAUUCACUAGAAGAUAGCAGUGAAAGUGAAAACUCUCCUGUCACAAGAAGGAAAAGAAGAACUAGUGUUGGUUCAUCCAGCAGUGAUGAGUAUAAACAGGAAGACAGUCAAGGAUCAGGUGAUGAUGAAGACUUCAUUCGAAAACAGAUCAUAGAGAUGAGUGCUGAUGAAGAUGCCUCUGGUUCAGAUGAUGAUGAUUUCAUCAGGAAACAACUCAAAGAAAUCAGUAUUAGUGAGAGCCAGAAGAAGGAAGAAACAAAAGGAAAGGGGAAAGGGUUGAUUGGGAAGCAUCGGCGACUCACCAGAAAAAGUAGUACAAGCUUUGAUGAUGAUGCAGGGAGACGCCAUUCCUGGCAUGAUGAAGAUGAUGAGACAUUUGAUGACAGCCCAGAACUAAAAUACAGAGAAACCAAAAGUCAGGAGAGUGAAGAACUCACUGUUACUGGUGGAGGAGGUCUUAGAAGGUUCAAAACCAUUGAAUUAAAUAGCACAGUAACUGAUAAAUACUCUGAAGACUCUGUGCAAAAGAAAGCAAGUUUGUAUUUUGAUGAAGAACCAGAACUUGAAAUGGAAAGUCUUACUGAUUCACCAGAAGAUAGGUCACGAGGAGAAGGAUCUUCUAGUCUGCAUGCCUCCAGUUUCACGCCUGGCACAUCUCCCACAUCAGUGUCUUCUCUUGAUGAGGAUAGUGACAGUAGUCCUAGCCAUAAGAAGGGAGAAAGUAAACAGCGUAAAUCUAGACACCGGUCACAUGGUCCUCUUCUUCCCACUAUUGAAGAUUCUUCAGAAGAAGAGGAGAUGAGGGAAGAAGAAGAAUUGUUAAAGGAGCAAGAAAAACAACGUGAAUUAGAACAGCAGCAAAGAAAGAGUUCCAGUAAAAAAUCAAAGAAAGACAAAGAAGAACUUCGGGCUCAAAGAAGAAGAGAAAGGCCAAAGACACCACCCAGCAAUCUCUCUCCGAUUGAAGAUGCAUCUCCUACAGAAGAAUUACGUCAGGCUGCAGAGAUGGAGGAGUUGCAUAGAUCCUCUUGCUCUGAAUAUUCACCAAGCAUAGAAUCAGACCCAGAAGGGUUUGAAAUUAGCCCAGAAAAAAUAAUAGAAGUGCAAAAAGUUUAUAAAUUGCCCACAGCUGUUUCUUUGUAUUCUCCAACAGAUGAACAAUCUAUUGCAAUUCAGAAAGAAGGUGGUCAAAAGGUAUUAAAAAGUGCCGAGGAAAUGUAUGAAGAAAUCAUGCAUAAAUCCCACAAACCAAAAGCAUUUCCAACUCCAGCAGAGAAGGAUGAAGUGUUUGAGAAGGAGCCAUUGUAUGGUGGAAUGCUAAUAGAGGAUUAUAUUUAUGAAUCUCUGGUAGAAGAUACAUACAAUGUUGCUGUUGAUAGCAGUCUAAUAACAAGACAGGAAGAAGGCAGUGAAUUUAUUCAGCCAAUAGGGAGAGAGAGAAAAAUGAGACUUUCAGAGGAAAUCUAUGAAGAUCCUAUGCAGAAAAUCUCAGAUCUGCAAAAAGAAUUUUAUGAGUUAGAGAGUUUACACUCUAUGGUACCUCAAGAAGAUAUUGUUUCCAGCUCAUAUAUAAUACCUGAGAGUCAUGAAAUUGUGGAUCUAGGUACUAUGGUAACAUCAACGAGCGAAGAAAAACAGUUAUUAGAUGCAGAUGCUGCCUAUGAGGAACUCAUGAAGAGGCAACAAAUGCAGCUAACCCCAGGCUCUAGUCCAACUCAACCAGCCACUGAACAUGACAUAACAGAGCCCACCAUAGACUUUGACAGAAUGCCAGAUACCUCACUAACAUCUAGUAUUCUCUCAGGGGCCUCACUCACAGACUCAACUAGUAGUGCGACACUGUCUAUCCCAGAUGUGAAAAUAACACAGCACUUUUCUCCAGAGGAAAUAGAGGAUGAAUAUAUAACUGAUUAUUCCAGAGAAAUUCAAGAGAUAAUUACCCAUGAAUCAUCAAUUUUAGCAUACUCUGAGCCCUCAGAAAGUGCAACAUCUGUGCUACCAUCCGACACGCCUUCUCUUACAUCAUCCAUUUCAUCAGUUUGUACAACAGAUAGCUCCUCACCUGUUACUGCACCAGAAACCACCACUGCAGUUUUUACAGAUACUGUAGACCAACUAGCUAAAUUUCAGGAUUCUGAAAAGGUUUCAUCAUUACCUCCCUUUCCAGUAGGCACAACAGUGUAUUCAGGAAUAGAUAUAUCUUUAGAUCAGCCUGCCCAAUCGCCUCCUAAAACAAUUGUUGAUCAUGUCGUGGUUUCUCUUCCUGACGUUCCACGGUCUGUCACAGUACCUGAAGAAGCCAAACCGAAGAAGUCUAUUUCUGAAUCUUUUUCUGUCGAUUCAUCUGUAUCUGAAAAAGAAGAGACAGUAAGGAAAAUUAAGAGUAAAAAUGGAAAUGGUGUCAUGCUGGAAACUUACAAAGAUAAAAGUAAGGUACCUGUACCUUCACUACGUAGAAUUAGCUCUGUAGAUUCUGUGUCUGCUCAACCACCUCCAAGUACCAUUGCAGUUCCAGUUAGUGAUCAGAUGUCAACAGUUUCUUCUAUAUCUAGAGAGGUGACAGAUACUGUAUCCAGAUUGCCAUCUAUGACUUCUUCAAUUCCUGCUGUGACACCUAGAGCACCUCUUCUUUGGAGAAGUUCUUCUUUGGAUUCAUCUGCCCAACCCCCACCUGCUCCCCCCCCUCCUCCUCCCCCUCCUCCUCCACCUCCUCCACCUCCUCCACCUCCUCCACCUCCUCCACUCCCCCCACCACCUCCACCUAAACCUGCUAUUUAUCCUAAAAAGAAGUCAUUGAAAGCUCCUCCAGUGACAUCAGCUGCUGUUGUUCCUUCAGUUGACACUGUUGCUACUGUGGAGGCUGCUGCUAUCCCAAGGAACAAUGUGACACCUGUAACAAAAGUAUACACCCCUGCACCACCUCCUGUUCCACCUAAGCCAUCUUCAAUCCCAUCAGGACUUGUAUUUACUCACAGGUCUGUUGAGGGAACCAAACCUCCAAUUGCUCCUAAACCAGCAAUUCCUCAGCCUCCAGUAACUACACAGAUGCCAGUGGAUACACAUCCCGAACCAACAGGUUUAUCCUUAACUUCCAGUAUGACAUUGAAUUUGGUGACUUCAGCAGAUUAUAAAUUGCCAUCUCCUACAUCCCCCUUGUCACCACAUUCUAACAAGUCCUCACCAAGGUUUUCUAAAUCAUUGAUGGAGACUUAUGUUGUUAUAACAUUGCCAUCUGAACCAGGAACUCCAACAGAUUCUUUAACUAGUCAGGCAGUGACCAGCUGGCCUUCAGGAUCACCUUCUAAGGAACUGGUUUCUCUCGAGCCUAUAUUUACUACAGUUCUUCCUGGAACUGGUGUGGAGAUUCAGGGCAUAUCAGACCAGAGCCUCUAUCCCUCAGGUGCUUUACAGACUCUCUAUGCUGCCCCUGUUGGGACACAGUCUUCACUCCAUGUAGGCCCAGGCUCAAUAACUCCAUUACUAUCAAGCAAAGUGACCAAAACUAUGGUUUCAUUAGCAGACAGCACAGCUCCUAGUGUUGAUUCAAGUAGUGUUUCUAUAACAAUUCCUCCAGAGCCCAUGCCUCGAGAACCCUUAGCAUUAGAGAAACCAAAAUAUAAAGAAAAUGGAAAGUUUCAGCUCCUUGGGGAUGUUAUUGAUCUACGUAUGGUGCCAAAGGUCGAUGGUGAAACACUUGGAAGCUGUAUGGAUCUGUCUGCUUCUCCAGUGGAUGUGAGAAGGCAGACCACAGCAAGCGAGGCAUAUGGCAGACACAUCAGCACUGUCCAACCUGCUAUUAUAAACCUCAGUGCAACAUCAUCAGUAGUUACGCCACUAACCCUGGUCACAGAAGCUAUGGCUGUUGUGACAUGUACAACUAGUGUAAGUUAUACCACAAGCACAGAAAGCCUGGCUGGGGCAGGUCAUUCUCUGACGACACCACUUCAGUUGACAACAUCAAAGCAUGCUGAGCCUACCUACAGAAAAACAAGUGUCCAGGUCUUCCCUACACUAAGGGAGGAGGCACCAAUAAACUUAUCUCUAGGUACUUCUGCCCAUGCAGUAACACUGCCUGCCACCAAACCAAUCACUGCACCUCCACCUAGUGUUACAAAUGGAUGGGCUGAUCUCUCCACAUCUCAGGGGCCACAGGAUGGUGGUGCUGUGGAUCUCAGCACUACAAAAUCUCACCGAACUGUAGUCACAGUGGAUGAAUCUACUUCAGGUGUUGUGACUACUGUCAUAGAAGAUGAUGAGAAACCAGUGGAUUUGACUGCAGGGAGAAGAGCGGUUUGCUGUGAUGUUGUUUAUAAGUUACCAUUUGGAAGGAGCUGUACGACACAACAGCCUGCAACCACUCUUCCAGAAGAUCGUUUUGGUUACAGGGAUGACCACUACCAGUAUGAUCGUUCAGGGCCGUAUGGUUAUAGAGGCAUUGGGGGCAUGAAGCCUUCUAUGUCUGACACAAACUUAGCGGACACUGGAGUUUUUCUUUAUAAAAGUAAGAAUACCUUUGAUUAUACUGGAGGGGCUGAUACAGCAGUAGAUCUAACUUCUGGAAGAAUAACUACAGGUGAGGUAAUGGAUUAUUCAAGCAAGACCACAGGCCCUUAUCCUGAGACUCGACAAGUUAUUUCAGGCACUGGGAUUAGUGCACCACAGUAUUCUACAGCAAGAAUGACCCCUCCACCAGGAUCCCCGUAUGGCAUGGGUACUGUUUUGAGAUCCUCCAAUGGUGUAGUCUAUUCUUCAGUAGCAACUCCAAUCCCCUCUACAUUUGCUAUCACUACUCAGCCUGGCUCUAUUUUCAGCACCACUGUGAGGGAUUUGUCUGGCAUUCACACAACUGAUGCGAUAACAUCUUUGUCUGCUUUGCAGCAGACCCAGCCAUUACCUAGAUCAUAUGGUUUCCUAACAACAGGAGCAUCUGAUAAGGACAGUUCUGUGGCUGCUAUAGAAAUUGAAACAAGUUUGCAAACUCUGACUGCAGAAAGUCUCGCUGCUGAGACCAUUGAUGUCAUUCCCACUUUGACCACAGCAUCUGAGGUAUUUCCUGAAGUGCUAGGAGAUGACAAUGCUCUUAUUGUUGGGACUGAAGAGGAGAAACAGCAGCAACUUGAUUUGGAGCGGGAGCUCCUGGAGCUUGAGAAAAUUAAGCAGCAGCGCUUUGCAGAGGAGUUAGAGUGGGAACGACAGGAAAUACAAAGAUUCCGAGAGCAGGAGAAGUUUAUGGUUCAAAAGAAACUGGAGGAGCUGCAGUCUAUGAAGCAGCACCUCCUCUUACAGCAGGAAGAAGAGAGGCAAGCUCAGUUUAUGAUGAGGCAAGAAACACUAGCACAGCAACAGCUACAACUCGAGCAAAUCCAGCAACUUCAGCAGCAGCUUCACCAGCAGCUAGAAGAGCAGAAGAUCCGCCAGAUCUACCAAUAUAACUAUGAUCCUUCUGGAACAGCCUCACCACAAACUACCGCUGAACAAGCAAUCAUGGAAGGUCAGUAUCCAGCAGUGGAGAGCAACCAGUUUUGGCCAGCUGAAGAUGUCACCACCACAGCUUCAGCUGUAGUGGCCAUUGAAAUCCCGCAAAGCCAAGGCUGGUACACGGUUCAAUCUGAUGGUGUUACUCAAUAUAUUGCUCCACCUGGCAUACUGAGUACUGUUUCUGAGAUGCCUCUAAAUGAUGUUGUUGUGAAGGAUGAAAAGCAACUUAAAAAGAGGACCCCUGGAGCCAAGCUGCGUUGCCAGUAUGAUGAGCUUGAGGAAACUGUGGGUGAGGAUCCCCGGUGUUUUAAAAAGAUAGUAGACAGUGGAGUACAGACUGAUGAUGAAGAUGGAGCAGACAGGAGUUAUACCAGUAGGAGAAGGAGAAGUAAAAAGAGUGUGGAUACGAGUGUCCAGACUGAUGAUGAAGAUCAAGAUGAGUGGGAUAUGCCCAGUAGAUCACGGAGAAAAUCACGUCCUGGGAAAUAUAGUGAUAGCACCCCUGAAGUUGACAAGACCAAACCCCUUUCCAAGGUAUCUAGCAUAGCAGUCCAAACAGUGGCAGAAAUAUCAGUGCAGACUGAACCAGUUGGGACAAUAAGAACACCUUCCAUACGUGCUCGAGUGGAUGCAAAAGUUGAAAUAAUCAAACACAUUUCAGCUCCUGAAAAGACAUACAAAGGUGGAAGUUUAGGUUGUCAAACAGAGACAGACCCAGAUGCACAGAGUCCUCAGUAUUUGAGUGCCACAUCUUCACCCAAAGACAAGAAACGUCCAACACCUUUAGAAAUUGGUUAUUCUUCUCAUCUUCGGGCAGAUUCCACACUACAGCUAGUACCAUCCCCACCAAAAUCUCCAAAAGUCCUUUAUUCACCCAUUUCUCCAAUUUCACCAGGCAAAGCCUUAGAAUCAGCCUUUGUACCUUAUGAAAAACCUAUCACAGAUGAUAUCAGCCCUCAGAAAAUAUUGCACCCAGACAUGGCAAAGAUUCCACCAGCAAGCCCAAAGUCUGCAAAAAUGAUGCAGAGGUCAAUGUCUGACCCGAAGCCUUUGAGUCCAACAGCGGAAGAGAGUUCCAGAGUACAUUUUCAGUACACAGAGGGCUACCUGACCAAAGGAUCUCAAACUAUGGCAGCUUCUGGCACCCAGAAGAAAGUAAAGAGGACACUACCAAAUCCACCUCCUGAAGAAACUUCAUCAGGGACCCCAUCAGCAUACAGCACCAUGGGUUCCGUUUCCCGAAGAAGAAUCUGCAGAACUAACACAAUGGCAAGGGCCAAAAUCCUCCAGGAUAUAGAUAGAGAACUUGACCUUGUGGAAAGGGAAUCAGCAAAGCUCAGGAAGAAGCAAGCUGAACUGGAUGAGGAAGAAAAAGAGAUAGAUGCAAAGCUGCGAUACUUGGAAAUGGGAAUCAACAGAAGAAAAGAAGCGCUAUUAAAGGAAAGAGAAAAGAGAGAGAGAGCCUACCUCCAGGGAGUAGCUGAGGACCGUGAUUAUAUGUCAGAUAGUGAAGUAAGUAGUACUAGGCCAACCCGGAUAGAAAGUCAGCACGGUUUGGAAAGACCAAGAACUGCACCCCAAACUGAAUUUAACCAAUUUAUGCCACCACAAACACAGCCAGAAUCUCAGUUAGUUCCCCCAACAAGUCCUUAUACCCAGUAUCAGUUCUCCUCCCCUGCUCUUCCUACACAAGCACCAACUCAGUAUACCCAACAGUCUCCUUACCAGCAGCAGCCUUUAUACCAUCAGCAGGUUUCCCCUUAUCAGACCCAGCCUACCUUCCAAACUGUGGCAACAAUGUCCUUCACACCACAAACACAACCUCCACCAACUCCACAGCCCUCAUAUCAACUCCCGUCCCAGAUGAUGGUGAUACAGCAAAAGCCACGGCAAUCCACAUUGUACUUGGAGCCUAAAAUAACAUCUAAUUAUGAGGUCAUUCGAAACCAACCCCUGAUGAUAGCACCUGUUUCCACUGAGAAUACUUAUGCAGUUUCCCACCUUGGCAGUAAGUAUAAUAGUUUAGACUUAAGAAUAGGUUUAGAGGAAAGAAGCAGCAUAGCAGGUAGUCCAAUCUCAAGCAUAUCAGCAGAUUCUUUCUAUGCAGAUAUAGAACAUCACACACCACGAAAUUAUCUCUUAAUUGAUGAUAUUGGUGAGCUUACUAAGGGAACGGCAGCAUUGACCACUGCAUUUAGCCUUCAUGAGAAGGAUUUGACAAAAACUGAUCGCCUCCUUCAAACAACAGAGACACGCAGAACCCAAGAAGUUACAGAUUUUCUGGCACCUUUACAAACUUCUUCUAGACUGCAUUCCUAUGUAAAAGCAGAUGAAGACCCAAUGGAUGAUCCCUAUGAGUUGAAACUUCUCAAACAACAGAUCAAGCAAGAAUUCCGUCGUGGUGCUGAAAGUUUAGACCAUCUUGCUGGUCUUUCCCAUUAUUACCAUGCAGAUACUAGCUAUAGGCAUUUCCCCAAAUCAGAGAAAUAUAGCAUUAGUAGACUGACACUUGAAAAACAGGCAGCAAAACAACUUCCAGCAGCAAUCCUUUAUCAAAAGCAGGCAAAGCAUAAAAAAUCACUAAUUGACCCCAAAAUGUCAAAAUUUUCACCAAUUCAAGAAAGCAGAGAUCUUGAACCUGAUUAUUCAAGUUAUAUGACUUCUAGUUCUCCAUCAGUUGGAGGAAUUUCCUCCAGGGCAAGACUUCUUCAGGAUGAUAUUACAUUUGGCCUUAGGAAAAAUAUCACAGACCAACAAAAAUUCAUAGGAUCAUCACUCACUUCAUCCCUUGGAACAGGCUUGGGAACCUUGGGUUCCACAAUCCGGUCAGCAUUGCAGGAUGAGGCAGACAAGCCUUAUAGUAGUGGUACUAGAUCAAGGCCUUCUUCUCGACCCUCCUCUGUCUAUGGACUUGAUUUAUCCAUAAAGAGAGAUUCAUCAAGCUCUUCUUUAAGACUGAAGGCUCAAGAGGCUGAAGCAUUAGAUGUUUCUUUUAGUCAUGUGACACCCUCUGGCAGAACUAAACCUACAAGUCUGCCCAUUAGCCAGAGCAGAGGAAGAAUACCAAUCGUCGCUCAGAACUCAGAAGAAGAAAGUCCCUUGAGCCCCGUUGGCCAGCCUAUGGGAAUGGCAAGAGCUGCAGCUGGACCACUGCCACCAAUAUCUGCUGAUACCAGAGAUCAAUUUGGAUCAAGUCAUUCCUUGCCUGAGGUUCAGCAGCAUAUGAGAGAAGAAUCACGGACUCGAGGCUAUGACCGGGAUAUAGCAUUCAUCAUGGAUGACUUCCAACAUGCCAUGUCAGACAGUGAAGCCUAUCACCUACGUCGUGAAGAAACAGAUUGGUUUGACAAGCCCAGGGAAACUCGUUUAGAAAAUGGACAUGGUCUUGAUCGGAAACUGCCAGAAAGACUGAUUCAUUCAAGACCACUCAGCCAACAUCAAGAACAAAUGAAUGGGAAGCCUACACAGUACAUCUUUCCUCAUGCAAGAAUAAAAAUAAUGAGAGACCUUAAGGAUCAUACAGUUUCAGGUAAUGGGUUAGGAAUCAGAAUAGUAGGUGGCAAAGAAAUCCCAGGAAGCAGUGGAGAAAUUGGAGCCUAUAUUGCCAAGAUCCUCCCUGGUGGAAGUGCAGAGCAGACAGGAAAACUAAUUGAAGGAAUGCAAGUGUUAGAAUGGAAUGGAAUUCCCCUGACUUCUAAAACAUAUGAAGAAGUCCAGAGUAUCAUUAAUCAACAAAGUGGGGAAGCAGAAAUAUGUGUAAGACUGGAUAUUAACAUGCUCUCAGAUUCUGAGAAUCCCCAGCACUUGGAACUACAUGAACCACCAAAGGCUGUAGACAAAGCAAAAUCCCCAGGGGUGGAUCCAAAGCAACUGGCCGCUGAGCUCCAAAAAGUUUCUCUCCAGCAGUCACCAUUGGUUCUUUCUUCAGUUGUUGAAAAAGGAUCACAUGUUCACUCAGGCCCCACAUCAGGUGCAUCCAGUGCUGUUCCCAGUCCUGGUCAACCAGGAUCACCCUCUGUGAGCAAAAAAAGGCACAGCAGCAAGCCCACUGAUGCAACAAAGGCUGUCUCUCAUCCAAUUACUGGAGAAAUUCAGCUUCAAAUCAACUAUGACAAACACCUUGGAAACCUUAUCAUACACAUUCUUCAAGCAAGAAAUCUCGUGCCUCGAGACAACAAUGGAUAUUCUGAUCCUUUCGUUAAAGUGUAUCUUCUCCCAGGUAGAGGCCAAGUCAUGGUUGUCCAGAAUGCAAGUGCUGAAUAUAAGAGGAGAACUAAAUAUGUUCAGAAAAGUCUUAACCCAGAAUGGAAUCAGACAGUAAUUUAUAAAAAUAUCUCCAUGGAACAGCUCAAGAAGAAAACACUGGAAGUGACAGUCUGGGAUUAUGAUAGAUUCUCUUCCAAUGACUUUCUUGGUGAGGUAUUGAUUGAUUUAUCUAGCACUUCUCACCUUGACAAUACCCCGCGAUGGUAUCCUCUCAAAGAACAGACGGAAAGUAUUGACCAUGGAAAGUCCCAUUCUAGUCAAAGCAGCCAGCAAUCUCCAAAACCAUCUGUCAUCAAAAGCAGAAGUCAUGGAAUCUUCCCUGACCCAUCCAAGGAUAUGCAGGUACCUACAAUUGAAAAAUCCCAUAGCAGUCCAGGGAGCUCAAAAUCAUCCUCUGAAGGCCAUCUUCGCUCUCACGGACCAUCACGCAGCCAAAGCAAGACCAGUGUCACUCAGACCCACCUUGAAGAUGCAGGGGCCGCCAUAGCAGCCGCAGAAGCAGCUGUGCAACAGCUUCGCCUUCAACCAACAAGACCUACUAAUCACCGACCUGCUGAAAGCUCCGUCUCUACGGGCUCAUCUGCCAGCAGCUUUGGCAGUGGAUAUAGUGUGGACAGUGAAGGAAGUAGCAGCACUGCAGGGGAGACUAAUCUAUUUCCAAUUCCAAGAGUAGGAAAGAUGGGUCAGAAUGGACAAGAGACGGCAAAGCAGCCAGGAGUAGGAUUAGCAGAUGCGGAAGCUAAAACGCAAGUAAUGGGAGAAAUCAAGAUUGCCCUGAAAAAGGAAAUGAAAACAGAUGGAGAACAGCUAAUAGUUGAGAUCCUUCAGUGCAGAAACAUCACCUACAAAUUUAAAUCUCCUGAUCAUUUACCAGAUUUGUAUGUGAAGCUGUACGUAGUCAACAUUUCUACUCAAAAAAGAGUGAUCAAGAAAAAGACAAGAGUGUGUAGGCAUGAUCGGGAGCCUUCGUUCAAUGAAACAUUUAGGUUUAGCCUGAGUCCUGCUGGUCAUUCUCUUCAGAUUUUGCUUGUCUCCAAUGGAGGAAAGUUCAUGAAAAAGACACUGAUUGGUGAAGCUUAUAUCUGGCUUGACAAAGUGGAUUUAAGGAAAAGAAUAGUAAACUGGCACAAACUCUUGGUCAGUCCUACCCAAACACAUUGAAGAGAGUCUGCUUAGGCUUCAGAACCUUACAGACCAUUAUCUUCUCUAAAGAGCAUCAAAUCAAUUCCAUAGAUUGAUACUAUCGUGUUUAGCUAGGCUUUUAGAGGAAACAAAAA